AUGGCCUCAGGGGACCAUGACCAGACCCUAUCGGAGUUUCUGACCGCGCAGCAAGUCGUAAUCCUCCCUAUUGCUACUCUUUCGGCCAUCUUCCUAGUCUACGGGGUGUAUGCCAUCAUCUUCGGGCUCUGCAUCCAGAUUCUCCACCGGCGUAAACAGUCGCAGUUGGGAUUAUAUCGGAUCUGCACUAUCGUCUUGUUCAUUCUAGCAAGUAUACGAGUUGUGUUGGACACGUAUGGUUACACCCGGCAGGCGAUUAUCGACUUUCUUGCUGCAAAAACCAGAGAUUAUGAACCGCUGGACAAUUACCUUGGGGAUGAUGGGCAAAUCACUUGGCUAUCUAUCGUAAACAACGUAGCCGUGUGUAUGAAUGUUGUGGCCGACCUUAUGCUCAUCCACCGUUGUUACAUCCUUUGGGGAUCGCGUAGAGUUCUUCUGUACACCCUCGGUGCCGUGACGAUUGCUAUCAAUUGCAUAGGCUUUGUCGGGGCUAUCCUCGAGUCCUACGCUCUGGGUGAUCCGUCAACUAGGAGGCCUUUUCACGUUACAGCCGAUCGUAUGAGCACGGGAUGGCUCAUCGCGAUCGCGGUGUUCAAUAGCUUGUUAUCUCUUCUGACUGGUGGGAGAAUCUGGUGGAUCAGUCGAGAAGCGCGAAGAUAUAUGGGCCGACCGGGAAGUACGAGAUAUAAGGCAAUCGUAUCAGCGAUCAUCGAGUCAGGGACGUUGUAUCCAGCCACUCUGAUAAUCACGACGGCAAUAUACCUCACAUGGGAUCCGGAAGCCCAUGGGAGUAUCCCCGUUGAUCUUGGUCCUAUCUCGUGUCUCAUGUCGGGACUAGCUCCUACACUGGUCAUCGUGCGUGUGGCGUAUGGCAAAUCGGUUGAUAGCGUUCAGCAGGUCAUGUCCAUACACUUUCUCGAUCAAGAGGCUCACAUCGCCACAACGACGGAUUCGAGCCUCAAUCGGCGUCCCGGGAAUAACAUUUUGGAGGGGGUGUCUGCUCGUGAAGCCAAUUUGGAAGAUGGAAAGCCAAAGGAGUUGGUAGACGGGCGGAUGGUGUAG